UUCAGAAACUCGCUCGGCAAUUUCAGUUCUUCGCUUUCCUCUCUGUCUGUCUCUCUUCUCACCAGCAAUCGAUUCGGCUGGCAUUGGUGCACUCGAGAGAUGGGUCUCAGCAGAUGCGUCAUGAGCGUUCUCUCCAUUACGCUUCUCGUGCUCUUUUUGGCUCUCGCUAAUGCCAAGACCCGCGACGUGACGGAUUUGCAGAUCGGCGUGAAGUACAAGCCAGAAAAAUGUGAUGUCCAGGCUCACAAAGGUGAUAGAGUCAAAGUACACUAUCGGGGAAAGCUGACUGAUGGAACUGUUUUCGACUCCAGUUUUGAAAGAGGUGAUCCCAUUGAAUUCGAGCUUGGAAGUGGUCAAGUAAUAAAAGGAUGGGACCAGGGACUAUUGGGUAUGUGUGUCGGUGAGAAGAGAAAGCUUAAAAUUCCUGCAAAACUUGGCUAUGGAGCCCAGGGUUCACCACCGACUAUACCUGGUGGAGCAACACUCAUCUUCGACACUGAGCUUGUUUCUGUGAACGGAAAGCCACUUCCUGAUGCAACCGUGGAUGACAGUGAGCUAUAGAUGGGUUUGUUUUCCUGUCAAGAGCUUUAGCAAACCUCCCCCCUUUCGUUUCUUUAUGGUAGCCUUUUCAUCUUGCUCAACUAGAAAACAACGAGCUUUGCCUUCAGCUUAUAGCUACCAAGUUGGUUUUAGCUCUUACAGGUUGUACUUCCAUAAUUUCAUUUUCGAGCUGCCGAGAGUAUAGCUAUUUUAUUUUACUAGACAGUU